UCAUAAAGUUAAACCUAAGUCGUUGAGACGCAUUUUUGUUUUGCCGGUUGUCAACGUACAAGACACGCCAAAGUUAUUACACCAUGGCUGCCAAGACGAUCGACGGUGCUCGAGUGGUCGUCGAAGCCCUCCGGAAGCAGGGUGUGGAGCACAUCUUUGGCGUGGUGGGCGUGCCUGUGUUCGAAGUGGCCCUGGCGGCUCAGCAGGCAGGCAUCAAGUUUGUCGGCAUGCACAAUGAGCAAGCGGCAUGCUAUGCCGCUGGUAUCAUGGGAUAUCUUACCCGAAGACCUGGAGUAUGCCUCGUUGUCUCGGGUCCAGGGCUUAUUCAUGCCCUCGGUGGCCUAGCAAAUGCUCAAAUCAACGGAUGGCCUUUGCUGCUGGUUGGGGGGUCCUGCGAACAGGAUUUCGAAGGACUCGGAGCCUUCCAAGAGUUCUCACAGGUGGAUGCCUGUCGCAGUUACACAAAGUAUACCUGCCGUCCCAGCUCUGUACAGCUGAUUCCCUUGCACAUUGAAAAGGCUGUUCGAGCGAGCCUUUAUGGUCGCCCUGGUGCCACUUACGUGGACCUUCCGGGAAAUAUGAUCAUGGCAGAGGUUCCCGAGGAAAGUGUGCUGGACGUCGCAAAGUGUCCUGACCCUCCACGGACUCUCGCUGAUACACCAAAUGUGGCACAGGCAUUGUCACUGCUUAGAAAUGCCAAGAAACCACUCAUUAUUAUUGGAAAAGGGGCUGCAUAUGCUCGUGCUGAGAAGAAUGUGCGCGAACUUGUGGAAUGCACGGGCCUGCCAUACCUGCCUACGCCAAUGGGAAAGGGUGUUUUGCCAGACGACCACCCACAGUGCAUAUCUCCAGCAAGAUCCAAGGCGCUGCAAGAAGCUGAUGUCAUUUUGUUGCUGGGAGCACGACUCAACUGGAUGUUGCAUUUUGGACGGCCUCCACGUUUCAGCCCAGGUGUCAAAAUAAUCCAGGUUGAACUUCUUCAGGAGGAGCUGCACAGCAGCGUUCCCGCAGCUGUUGCGUUGUCAGGCGAUGUGGGAGCAGUGGCAGAACAGAUAUCCAGGUUGAACGCCGAGCAUGCCAAGGACCCCUGGCAGUACCCUGCUGAUACAGCCUGGUGGCAGGCACUGCGUGGCAAAGUUGCUGCCAAUGCGAAAACUGUUGAGAGUCUGUCAUCAUCAAAGGACAUCCCCAUGAAUUUUCACACAGCAUACAAGCAGAUAGCUGAUCUCAUGCCAAAAGAUGCAGUAAUUGUGAACGAAGGAGCCAACACGAUGGACAUUGGAAGGACAAUGCUGCCUAACUACUUGCCACGGCAUAGGCUGGAUGCUGGCACAUUCGGAACGAUGGGUAUAGGUGUUGGCUUUGCUGUUGCAGCAGCCUUGUGGUGUCAGACUCAGUCGCCUUCGAAGCGGGUUAUUUGCAUUGAGGGAGACAGUGCUUUUGGCUUCUCAGCUAUGGAGAUGGAGACUGCCGCUAGGUACAAGCUUCCAAUAAUAGCCAUAAUCAUGAACAACUCUGGGAUCUACAAUGGUUUUGAUGGGGAAACCUGGGAGUCUUUCCUGCAUUCGGGAAUGCACCCUUGCAUCUCGCUCCCAGCCAACUCUCUUCUGCCAGGUGUCCGCUAUGACCAGAUGGCUGCCAUGUUUGGUAGCAAGGGCUUCAAUGUAACAACGCCUGAGGAGCUUCGAGCUGCCUUUACGGAGGCCCUUGCCAUCACUGACCGACCAACCAUUAUCAAUGUUGUCAUUGAUGGCAUGGCUCAGAGAAAGCCCCAGGAAUUUGAAUGGCAUACAAAAUCCAAGAUGUGAUAUGGGCUUGACCGUUAAAGCUGGAACUGUGUACAAUUUUUUUUAAUAUUUUUUUUCACCUGGUCCACAACAUAGCUGCUUGCACUCGUCUAGUAACUGUUUGCUUUACAUACUCACAGGGUAGGUCUACAAGUUAUAGAUAUAUCUCAUUUCAUUUUCUGGUUGUAACAGUGCUGGUCACUGAUACUUUGUUUCAGUGCUUUUAAUGUUGGGGUCAUGUCACACUACGUUACGUGUAGUAUUUUCUUUCUAUAUGAAACUUUUUAAAAAUUGGGAUGCUUUUGAUAGAACUAUUUCAACUUAUUUGAUUUGAUAAAAACAUUAUAUAUGCAA